AUGCGGAAACGUGAAUUUCCGCCAAUCGCACGCCCAGUCUUGGCGCUCAAGACUUCAACAUUCCGAAGCUACUAUUCGGACAGUAAGAAAUUUCGCGUGCCGCAUUCUCGCCAACAACACUGUCGCCUGCCUCGCGAAACACCGCGCAUUUCGCAAAAUCGUAUUCGUCGUGCGCGUUCGCCUUCCGCGUUUGCAGAACAUCACAUUCGCAACAACACCGCGGCUCGGGAAACGCCAGUCUCUUAUAUGGUUCCUCUGCGAAGCGAACGACGGGACCCUCGCGGCGCAAUGACAUUCGCCCGCAUCCUCUCUAUAGCCCUGCUUGCUCUUACUCUAUCGGGAGCGGCGGCGGCCGCCGCCGCAGCAGCCGGUUGCGACGCGUCGACUCUGUCGGGUUACCAGCACAUGCGAGACCUCACGGGGCAAGGGUUCAUUCUCCACUGGUCGCUCGCGACUCCCACCCAAUUGGACAUCGCGCUCGAGGCGAAGCCCGGGAGCGGCGCGGAGAACGGGUGGAUCUCCGUGGGAUGGUCCGCGAACGGGAAAAUGGCUCCCGCGGACGCCGUCAUCGGUAACCUGCCGGGCGUCGCGGUCGGCGCGUACGACAUCAACGGAUACGACGGAACGACCGUUGUUGCUUCCAAAAGUUUCAAGAUUUCCGGAGGGCUGCUGAGCAGCGCGAAUGGCCGGAGCACGAUCAUCAAGUUCUCCCGCUCCCAGGGCGAUGGCGGCAGCUCCCUCUGGAUCUCACCGGUACCGCCACCAACACGAUCAUCUGGGGGUACUCUGCUGCUGGCAGCAAGGCUCUGGACUACCACGGCACCUUCCGAGGCUCGGCUAAGAUCAGCUUCAACUGCGGCGGCAGCACCCCCCACCACCCCCACCACCCCUGUCCCUACUACUCCUACUCCUGCUCCUGGUGGCGCUGGUGCUGGCAGCACCCGUGGCGGCGCUAGCAGCGGCAGUGGCAGCAGCAGUGGCGGGGCCAACUUGCCGGCCUGUGAUGCGUCCAUGCUGACAGGAUACGAGCAUUCCAAGGACAACGGGGAAUGGGUGAGUCAACGCCGUCAACGUGGUCAAUGCUGGUUCCUCCUCCACUGGACACUCUCAUCUGCCGGCCAGCUGGACAUGGCACUAGAAGCCAAACCGGCCAGUGGCGCCAACAAGGGCUGGAUCUCUCUGGGGUGGUCAGCGAACGGCAAGAUGUACCCCGCAGAUACGGUCAUUGGGAAUCUCCCUGAUGGGUCCGUGGGCGCGUAUGACAUGAGCGGAUACGAUGCGUCUGCUGUGCUUCCAUCGACGAAUUUCAAGAUCAGCAAGGCGUCUUUGCUCACUGCCAAUGGCGGCAGCACCAUUAUCAAGCGCAGCAACCAACUCGAUCAUCUGAGAGACACUCCGCCGCCAGUCAGCAGCAUGGCUCUGACCUCAUCCUUCUCCUCUCUUGCUCUCUCGCUCUCGUCCUCACUCUCCUCCUCUGAUCUCAACGCAGGUUCUCCCGCUCCAAGGGAGACGGAGGCAUCUCCCCUCUGGAUCUUUACCGGCGCCGCCACCAACACCAUCAUCUGGGGGUACUCCGCUGAUGACAGCAAGGCUCUGGACUACCACGGCACCUUCCGAGGCUCGGCUAAGAUCAGCUUCAACUGCAACAGCAAUGGUGGUGCUGGCGCUGGUGCCAGUGCCGAGUUGUGGAACGGUGGCAACCGCCGGGUGGGUACCUCUCACUCACACUCUUCCGCCACUCCCUCGCUCACUUCCUCCCAAUUCUUCUCCCGCCCUUGCAGCUUCAUUCUCCACUGGAAGGCCAACACCUCAACCAUCAGCUUCGCAUGCGAGGUGGCAACCGCUGGGUGGGUCUCCCUGGGGUGGAGCGCAGACGGCAAGAAGAUGUACCCCGCUGAUGCCGUCGUCGGCACCGGCAGCGGCAACAGUGCUUCCGUUGCGCCGUAUUCCAUUUCCAGCUACACGAGCGUGUCACCGAGCUCGGGCUUUGCUGUGUCGGCUACGGCGGUGGAGUCGGGAGCCAAUGGGAAGACGGUGGUAAAGUUUUCCCGACAGCUGGCGGUGGGGUCGUUUCCGAUUAAUGCGAACGGCGUGACUAAGGUCAUCUGGGCCUACUCUGCUGAUGGGUCGCAGGCUCUCGCCAACCAUAUGACCAACAGAGGCUCUGCUUCCAUCGAUUUCGUCUCUGGGAGCACCACUGUUUCGUCCACCACACCGCCCUCAACCACUCUCCUAGUCAUCCACGCGUGGCUGCUCGGAAUCGCUUUCGGCAUCCUCAUGCCUGCUGCAAUUCUCAUCUCGCGAAUCUUCCUCGCCGAUAAGCUCCAGGAGCGUCCGCCUGGCGUGGACCACGACAAGUGGGAGGCCCAGGUGGCGCGCGCGAAAUCCUGGAAGCCGCUGGCGUUUGAGACGCACAAGUGGAUGCAGAUCACCGCGGUUACGCUGGCUGUCGCUGGGUGUAUUAUCGUUUUUGUGCAAUCCGGAUCGGUAGGGCUGCAGAGCUCGCACGGCCAGCUGGGCCUCGCAAUCUUCGUGCUGAUUUUCGUGCAGCCUAUGAUUGGUCACUUCCGGCCGAACAAGGGUACAGUGAAUCGGCCGACGUGGUUCGUUAUCCACUGGGUGCUCGGCAUUGGGAUUGUCGGACUCGCGUGGCUCAACACUUUCCUCGGAUUCGACAUCAUGCAGACGAAAUAUUCGUUCAACCUCCAGCAGUGGUGCUACAUCAUCUUUGGGGUCACAGUUGGCCUUCUGGGAGCCAUCUACCUUGUCAUUUAUAUCACGGAUCAGAUGAAUUCGUCACAGGCGGGUUACUUCGCGAAGCAGGGGCUGAGCAUGCUGUACAAUGCCACUGUAACGAGCGUGAGUGCGAUUGCAACGGGGAUAAACAAGGCGUACCAGACGUACACGGACUACUACGAGCGUGACCAGAUCGAAGCCCUUAAGAAAUCCGGCAAGCGACCAGCCGACAACCUCUAUCUAGUGCUGCAGCGCUUCCAGUACCUCUGCAUGGCUGGAUACAACAACGAGGUCGCUGCUGCCGCCCAAAAGGCAGCUGCCAAGCUGACGGCAGGAGAGAAGAGCUCAGUGGCUCAUGAGACGCUACUUCUUCUGACCCGGGUGCUGACAUCAGUGUCGCAGCGGUACGGCGAGCAGUCAGGGCAGGGGUGGGGGCUGCAGGACUUUCUGAACUCGUCUCGCAUGGGCAAAGACCACUUUGACCGCGACCAGCUCGUCACUGACUUCUACUUCGCCAUCCUCUUCGUGCAGGACGUGUGUGGGGGACCUGGGCCGCAGUUUGAGCAGGCCAUUCGCGAGGCAACAGGGAGGCUAGUGGAGGGUGAUAAAUACGUGGGCGAGGGAGGGGGGUUCUCUGGCGGCGGUGCUGCUGCCUUCGGUGGUGCUUCCUCCUCCGUGCCCUCCUAUGCCGCUGUGCCGUCAGCCAGCGCACUGCCUGCUGAUCAAGACCCCAAGAAGAAAGCGAUGAAGGUGGUGCAGGUGCUAUCCCAAGCCGUGCGCAAGGCAGCAGAGGAUGCAGACGGGCGCAAGCAGCGGUCGCUCAAAGAAGCAGAGGAUAUGCUUCGGCGCGAGAACGAAAAAGCAGCUGCUGCUGCCGGCGUGGGCUAUGCCGCACCUCCCGCCAAGCCUCUCAGCAGCUUCGGCGGCGGAGCCUCGGCAGCAGCUCCGGUGGGCGGGUAUGGUUCGGCAGGUGGUUUUGCGGCCAAGCCCAGUAGUGUGUCGAACUGGAGUGGGGGGAGUGGGGCUGCUGCUGCUGCGCCCAGCCCUUGGAGUGGGGGAGGGGGGAGUGCAUUGGGGGGACCUGUAGGGGGAACGAUGGGGGGAACGGGGGAAGGGGAAGCACGACGGGAGGGAGUUCUGGGUGGGGCACUGGCACUGGUGGCAGCUUGA